UUUAUGCAAAUUAAAGCAAAAGAGUAAAUAAAAAAGCAAAUUAAAAAGAAGAAAAAGUUUGAUUUUUUAUUUGCAACUUGUGGAUAUGUAUCUAUAUGAUGAAGAAGACAUCAAUGACUGGCUUCCAUAAACUUUUAAAGCUCUCUCUUUCAGAUUCCUCUCUAUCCAUUUCAUUAACACCAAAACCUUUUUCUUCUCUCUAACCAAACAAGAAGAGGACUCCAUUUUCGCAAGAAUGGGGAGGCUUAAGCAAUGUUGGUCAAGUCUGCUAGUAUUGGCAGUGUUGGUGAUCGGAACUGGAGCCGUUCCCAUCACUUAUCUCCAAAGCGCCGUCGCUAAAGGAGCCGUGUGUUUGGAUGGGAGUGCACCAGCUUACCAUUUUGACAAAGGGUUUGGUUCGGGUGUUAACAAUUGGAUCGUCCACAUGGAGGGAGGAGGAUGGUGUACCGACGUUGCUUCAUGUAAUGAACGUAAGGGUACAAUGAAGGGUUCUUCCAAAUUCAUGAACAAAGACUUUGGAUUUUCCGGUAUCUUGGGUGGCAAGCAAAGCACUAACCCAGAUUUCUACAAUUGGAACAGAAUCAAAGUACGAUAUUGUGACGGAUCAUCCUUUACCGGCAAUGUAGAAGCCGUUAAUCCGGCAAACAAGCUGUUCUUCCGCGGUGCCCGAGUUUGGCGUGCGGUGGUUGAUGAUCUUAUGGCUAAAGGAAUGAAAAACGCUCAAAACGCUAUACUCUCCGGUUGUUCAGCUGGAGCAUUGGCUGCGAUUCUUCAUUGUGACACUUUCCGUGCCAUACUUCCCCGAACAGCUAGCGUCAAAUGUGUUUCUGAUGCCGGUUACUUUAUCCACGGUAAAGAUAUCACAGGAGGAUCAUACAUUCAAUCAUAUUACAGCAAAGUCGUCGCACUCCACGGAUCUGCAAAGAGUCUUCCUGUUUCUUGUACCUCAAAAAUGAAACCAGAACUCUGUUUCUUCCCGCAAUACGUCGUUCCUUCCAUGCGAACACCGCUCUUUGUCAUCAAUGCCGCUUUUGAUUCUUGGCAGAUCAAGAACGUUUUGGCUCCAACUGCUGUUGAUAAGGGAAAAGAGUGGAAGAAUUGUAAGCUUGAUCUUAAGAAAUGUAGUGCCGCUCAGCUCAAAACCGUCCAAGGGUUUAGAGAUCAGAUGAUGCGAGCAUUGUCACCGGUUCACAGUACACCGUCUAGAGGAUUGUUCUUAGACUCGUGUCACGCUCAUUGCCAAGGAGGAAGCGCCGCCUCUUGGUCCGGUGACAAAGGUCCCCAAGUCGCCAAUACGAGAAUUGCGAAAGCAGUCGGAAACUGGUUUUAUGGCCGGACAUCGAUGGAUUCGGCGUUUGUGGACAGAGCUUGGGACAAAUGGGUUACUACGGGUAACGUUGGUUCUUCAGGUAAUCCAUUGAAGGCUGCUAUUUUGAUUAACUAUGAUCCUACAGGACCUUCUCGUCUCUUAUCAACAAUAGCUAAACAAGAAGGGAUUGAUAUCUAUCCAGUUGAUCUAAAGCAAUUUAUAGAUUUCAUGAGAUGUGGCAAUCUUCCUACUGAGACUUUUGUUCUUGGAUCCAACCAAUACAUAAUAACAUCUAUUCAUGAGAACUGGUUCGCUGCUAGGUGUUUAAACACUUCCCAGCCUGCUGGUGAAGGAGCUAUUGUUAUGCAGACUGCGGUUUACGUGUUGGUUGCUCUAUAUGAUGGAUCAAUUGGUUCAGCUUCUCAAGCUAUGGCUGCAGCUGAUCAGUUUGCAUCGCAGCUGAGUCGGAAAAACUUCUAGCAUCAUCAUUUGCGAAAUCACGAGUAUUUACAUUGUUCUCUGUUAUCAAUGUAAACAAGCUUUGACUAUGUUUUGUGAAGGAUCUUUGUGUUUCGAUAACUGGUUUUUCAUUUUAUCUCAUCUUAAUCAAUUGGUUUUUGAACA